AUGGUUCAAAACUGCCAGGGUGCAGUGAGGGCUGACGGCUCCCUGGGGAAUGGGGGCUGGGAGCUGCAGGGAACCCCCCCACGGGGCUGGCAGCCAGGAUCAGCCAACUGGGGUCAGCGGGGCAGCCCCAGCCCCGGGCAUCAGGCACCUCCCUGGGACGGGGCUGAGGCUGGGACAGGACGUCUGCCUAUGGGUAAUGGGCCCCAUCACGAUCGAAGUUGUGUUUACAACCAGAGCAACAUAGUAGAUGGAGUUUACUGCCUCCCAAUAGCACACUGGAUUGAAGUCUCUGGACAUACUGAUGAGAUGAAACAUACAACUGACUUCUAUUUUAAUAUUGCAGGACAUCAAGCUAUCCAUUACUCCAGGAUUCUGCCAAACAUCUGGCUGGGAAGUUGCCCUCGGCAGCUGGAGCAUGUCACGGUCAAGUUGAAGCAUGAGCUGGGUGUUACAGCUGUGAUGAACUUCCAGACCGAAUGGGACAUUGUACAGAAUUCCUGGGGCUGCAACCGCUACCCAGAACCCAUGAGCCCUGAAAUCCUCAUGAAACUGUAUAAAGAGGAAGGUCUGGCCUAUGUCUGGAUGCCAACCCCAGACAUGAGCACUGAAGGAAGAAUACAGAUGUUGCCACAAGCUGUCUGCCUCUUGCACGGGCUACUGGAGAAUGGACACACUGUCUACGUUCAUUGCAACGCUGGUGUUGGCAGGUCUACAGCUGCUGUCAGUGGCUGGCUGAAGUACGUGAUGGGAUGGAGCCUGCGGAAAGUGCAGUACUUUUUGGCUUCCCGGAGACCAGCUGUCUACAUUGACGAGGAAGCUCUGAAUCGUGCUGAAGAUGACUUCUACCAGAAAUUUGGGCAUCUUCGUUCCUCAUGCAAAGUGCAAGAGUAGAAAAGCAGGAGAGGAAAAGGAAGGUGAAGAGGAAUCCUACGUUUGAACCCCAAGGACUUAGAAAUCAUGAGUCAGACACCUGCCUCUCUUUUUCAGAUUAUAAGCUUGUCAUAACAGUCAUGAGAACUUUGUUUAAAAAGUGCCUUUGAGGGGGUUUUUAUUUGCUUUCUUUAAGCUGAUAUGAUUCAAGUUUUCAAGCGUUUUGCUGCAAGUAUGAGACCUAGAAACUCCGCAAAGGGAAACUAAGAUUUUCUUUUAACUACUUGCCUACAGGAACUGAGGUUUUAGGGUAGACACUAAAUAAGAUGUGGUGUGAAAUAGUGAGAGUUGGCAAGAUUUCAGUAACAAGAAAG